GAUAAGAGAACUUUCAGUUGUUCCUGUUACUCGAGGAGCCCUUUCAUUAAUUUGGAGAUGGAGUUAGCAGUGCACGCUUUGUCAUUCACCUCCUUCUCCAAGAACAGGGAGUCCAAGCCUCAAGGUCGUACCAUACCAGAUCCUGCUAUUUGUUCUUCAAUUGAUGUGAAAUUACAAGAACAAGGGAGAAAAACAUCCACAGUAUGCUAUUCUGCACCAGAGACAGCUGCCUCUGUGGCAAUUGCUGCUACAGCUGUGGGUGCUGCAAUUACCCUUCUAGUGAGAAGAAACAAACCAUCCGAGGCAGAUGAGAUUCCACUCAAAACAUGUGAAGAUUGUGGUGGUUCUGGUAUAUGUUCUGAAUGCAAUGGUGAAGGGUUUGUUCUUAAGAAACUGUCAGAAGAGAGUGCUGAGAGAGCAAGAAUGAGUGCAAAGAACAUGGCCACUCGAUAUACAGCAGGGCUUCCAAAGAAGUGGAGCUACUGUACAAAGUGCUCCUCUGCUCGAUCUUGUAGCGCUUGUGGUGGCAGUGGAAAGUUGAACUAUUAAUUUUAUGCCAUAUCUCUUUAUUUCUAAUUAAUAUCGGUGAUUUAAGCUGCUUCAAUGCCUAAUUCUGAAAGAAUACAAGGAACUCACGGUCAACGAAAUUGGAAGUGAGUUCGUUUUUUCCCCCUGUACAAUCCACCUUAUGAGUAAUGUGUGUAUCUUAGUGUCAAUUCCACUUUUCUUGUUGGGAUUUUGCACAAGUAUGAUCUGUUAUGUAUUCAACCAAUUGGUGAUCGAUAUUUUUGAUGUAGUAGUAUUUUUCCUUGCUAAUAUCACACAAGUUCGCUUCUGAACUAUCACAUUAUGAAUUUUGAGGUAAUGACUUUGUUCUUUUUGUUGUA